AUGAGUCUAAAAUGCGGACAACUUCUUGCAAUUAUAUUCUCGGGUGGCGUGUUAGGAGCGAUAAUUUUAAGUCUCAGCUCGGUGACAAUUCCAGAGAUAGAGCUGGUACCAGAUCGUUUAACUGGAUAUCCAACAUGGCAUGGAGUGUAUCAAGGAUUUGAUAGACAGAAAAAUGACUCAAUGAUCACCUUCGCCUCUGCUUUCAUGCUCGUGGUUGGUGUGAUUGGCUUGAAACUGGUUCUCAAUCCACCGACAAAUCCCAGCUUUAUCACUAGAUUUUACACCGUUUCCGAUGAUCCUGAUGAUAAUAACAAAGAAAGCAUUUCCGGAGUGCCAACAACUGGUUUCAAUCGUUCACUUGUAAUUUACACUUUUGCUACAUUCGUAACUGCAAUUGCAGCUCUAUUAUUUGAUAUAGGAAAGUUAUGGAGUGUAAUUGCUGUAUCACAUAAUACUCUUGAACUCGCAACUUUACUCUUGAUUGGAAGUGGUGGUAGAAUAAAGAACGUUUCAUACUUCGUAUGGAUGUUUAUUUAUAUCAUAUCUGUUGGCGGUAUUUGCGUCUUUAAUGAUUUUCCGAUUGAUGCUCUUUUUUUUAAAAUUCAAGGAUUAAGCAUGGAUUAUGCUUUGGUUAUUGAGUUUGUGCGCGUCUUUAUUACCACAAAGAAACACCUUCAAGAUGCAGGAAAUGAAACACUUCCAUUAAAGUCCGAAGAAAUUCAUGACAAUAACACUCGUAAAUUAUUGCCAACUACAUUUAAUCAUCCAAGACAUAUUAUCUUUUUAAUACUUGCAUCAAGCGCACACGCUAUCGGAAACUUAUUGUCCACGAUCUACGCUUCUUCGGCCAAGACUACUCUGAUAUUCGAGAUAUGCUAUGCCAUAGCUUUCCCACUUUACAUCCUUUUUGUGUAUGUGGAUACGCAGACGACCAGUAUUAUACCACAAAAACGCAUUUAUUUACCAUAUACGCCUACAUGGAAGGUCAUUGUUAUUACAAUUAAUUCACUCGCGCUUGCUUUGUUAACGGUCAGAUUAAGUUUUGAUGCUACCACUAAAUAA